GGAAAGGGGCCGGCGUCGCAUGCGCGCGCACAGUUGGCGGCCGCGCGCAGCACGCUCGGGGCCGGGAUGGCGGCGGCGGCUGGAAGCGGGACGCCCCGGGAGGAGGAGGGGCCCAGUGGGGAGGCGGCGGCCCCGCAGCCGCAAGCCCCGACGAGUGCGCCCGGGGCUCGUCUCUCGAGGCUGCCUUUAGCGCGAGUGAAGGCUCUGGUGAAGGCGGACCCUGACGUGACCCUCGCGGGACAGGAAGCCAUCUUCAUUCUGGCACGAGCCGCGGUGCGGCGAGAGCGUCAGGGCCCCCCGGCGUGGCGGGGCGGGGAGGAACUAUUUGUGGAGACCAUUGCAAAAGAUGCCUACUGCUGUGCCCAACAAGGAAAGAGGAAAACCCUCCAGCGGAGAGAUUUGGGUAGACUGUCAAACUCUGAUAAUGCAAUAGAAGCUGUGGAUGAAUUUGCUUUUCUUGAAGGAACUUUGGAUUGAUUGCUGAGGUGGGCAGUUACGUGAGCUUUCACCUGCAUCCUUUGGCCAACCCCUCUCCUGCAGGCCUCAGCUUUGAAGAACGGAGUAUUUGGAAUAUUGUACUUAUUACCUGCUUUUCCUGUUUAACCUUCACCUAAGCUGGGAUAAGCAGAGAUCUCACCUGUUAGUUUUUUCUCUGCAAGGUCUUCCAUUACUUGUGUCUUCCAUUUCAGGCUUGGAUGCAGUCUCUGCUGUUUGAGACAGAGGAAAAGAAAAUGAUUUGUGUAGGUUGCUUAAUGAAUGGUAAGGACCAUAAUAAAGGUCUCUGAUAAUUUCAA